AUGAUCUACCGGAAGUGGUCUCUGCUGACAAUGCCAGCGGUGAUUUUGAGCGGGCUGGGGGCCAUCGUCCUCACCCAAAACUUCGUUUUCGGUGCCAAUGUUAGCUUCUCUCUCCCCUUUUCUUUCUCUCUUCUGUCUCGUCGGUGUUCCUGCUUCGUUCUUGUUCCCGGUGCUUUCCAUUUUCCCUCUGAGUGGGAGUUCCUGAAGAGGAGGGCUUACCGAGGGAGAGUUUCUUGACGAUUGCUGAGUUGCGUCUGCUCCUUGUUCGUGUUUAAUUGUAUUUUGCGAAACGAAAUACGGUACAAAUUCACGGACUGUUCCGUUUGAAAAAACCAUAGGUACGGAUCCAGUGGGAGUGAUCUAUUUCGGGAAUCGUUGUUGGAUAUUUUAAUUGUCAUCUGGCUGGCUGGGAGAUUGAUUUCCCCUGGUUUACUUUUUUAUUCUUUCAGAAGCCCUAGUUUUCUGCGGAAUGGUGGCAAAGGAGGAGGAUAAGAAAGUUCACGGUGAAUUCCCGCUGUGAUUAGGUUAUGCUCCUCCACUCUGACGUCGUUUUAUCGUCGUCAGAACCUUCUGCAUCAUCAUCCUCGGUAUUCCUUUUUGCACCAGAUCAUCCCGUAGGGAUUGGCUUCCCUCACAAAAUUAAUCAUAUAUUGGUAAAUAAGAUGGUUACUAUUCCAUCCUUAUAUUUGAACCAGUUAUGCGGGUCAUUUAAACUCGGCAUGUGUCAUGUGAAUUUUUUUAUGGCCUUGAUCAGGUAUAUUUGUGGGAAUCAGAAUCUGAGAAACCUGCGACAAUGGCAGAAUAAUAGAAGUGACUCUGGGAUUUUUGAAGGAAAGAAGAUGAACAAGAAUAGAGAGAUACUGCACUUGUGGGCAUAGACAUAAUCUUUUUUGAAACGUGCAAUCUGACUCUUGUUGUUGUUGUUGCCGAGGUUCAUACUCGUUGACCAUCUCUAGUCUCACUGGAUUGAGCUCAUUCAAGAAGGCUGCAAACUGUGUGAUGGCUAAAUAAAAGAAGUGAUAUGGCCUUUCUUUAGAAGUAUCAGGGAUAACUGCAAUAUCUUCAUAGGAAUUUCCCUGGAUGAUUGGAUGCGUGGAAGAACAUAGGAUCAAUUCUAUCUGGUACUUUUGACUUUGAUUUUUCUCCCGUUACCUUGAAUUUUUCUCAUUGAUUGAUAGACACGACAGCCAGGUCAAAUCAUCAGUGUAAUCAGAUGAGAAUGAGAAACCUUGUCCCUCCAAGUUAUUAAAAUCUUAUGCACGAAACCCACGACAGAAGAAAUAGCCAUUCAUAAAAAUUGAUGCAGAGAAUAUUUCAUGAUGAUAAUUUCAUGGAUAUUUUUCGAUAGAUUCACGUAGUAUUUCUUUCCCAAGGUUAUACUUGGGUUUCUAAUGGGGUCACAUCUUGUGCGCAAAGAACUGGUGGAGAAACUAUUCAUGUAGUCUCAAGAUCACCUAGAUUACUCUUCCCCCUUUUUUAUUCUAUAAUUUAUUCAGACCUUAUUUUCAAUAUUUUCUUCUAUCCUCUGCGUCAAUUUCGACAUAUAUCACCCACAAAGAAUUAUAAUUAUUAGGCUAAUCAGAUGUGAGCCGCUCAUAUGUAGAGUUCAUCAUGUAGAAUCUGGGCUGGCCGUAUAUAGAUCAUGAGUCUGUUGUGCUUGUGAUCUCUCCUGAUCCACCCUUCCUCAGGUAGAAAUAGAAAAUCCUAUGAUGACUCUGGUGCUGCAUAUAUUUCGAGUUAAUCUCGUAUUGAUUUGGCAAUCCCAAUGUUUCUGUUUUCUUCUUCUUCUUCUUCUUCUUCUUCUUUUCUUUGUGAUCAAAUCACAUAGAAUGAAUACGACGGGGAAACAAAGAGGCUAUAGUGAUGUUUAAUUUCGCUUUUUGCCCCUGCAAUUGGCAGGAAAAGUUUGUGCAGAAUAUCAAGCAAGAGGGUGAGAUGCUUCGGCAGCAGGACAGGGCGAAGAUGGCCCUGGAGAAGGCGGCGUGA